AUGGGUUCGGCGUCGAGUAGCGACGAAGUGAAGUUGUUGCCGCCUCCAAUAGGAGAGAAACCAUCUAAAGGGAAAAAUUCGGCAGUAGUUUCGGGAAUGGCAGGUCCACUCGCGAAGCCAGCCAACUUGAAAUGGGUAUCACUCGUAGUGUUGAUAGCACAGACAACGGCUCUGGUGCUGAUAUUGNGCAGAGGCAGUGAAACUUUUCACGUGCCUAGUGGUUGGAGCUUUUCUGGGUUUUAUAGUGAAAUUUACAAUGAAGUGAUUGUGAAAUCGAAGGAGACAAUGAAAGUGGGAGUGCCAGCGUUAUUGUAUGUUGUGCAGAAUAAUUUACUUUUUUUGGCGUUGUCCAAACUGGAUGCUGCGACUUACCAAGUUAUUAUUAUUAUUGUUAUUAUUUAUUAUUGUUAUUUAUUAUUGUUUAUUUAUUAUUAUUAUUAG